UUUGCAUUUCCUGAACAGAAAGUGCUAUGUGCUCUGGAGGUAGCCUGUGGUUCCUCGCAUGUUAAAGCAGAUGCAAUUGGAACUGACUUCCCAGACUUCCCUCUGGAUGUAUGCCCAGGAGUGAGAUUCCUGGAUCAUAUGAAAACCAAAAUGAUCAAGAUGGGGUGAAAGGAGUAGAGCCAACUAUCUGCAGGCUCAGCACGGAGCUGCCGCAGAUGGUAGAGGAUGACAUCCCACGGCACUCAGUGGAGGAGUCCUAUUUGACUUACUCAGCUCUUCCUGACCUGUCAGACUCCUUCUGGCCUUAUAGGAGCACCGCCAUCUACUCAUUUGAGGGAUUGGAACUCUCUUAUGCUCGGGAUGUCACCAAAAAUCAUACUGUUCUUGAGGAAGAAGAGGAACAAGACCAAAUAUGUUCCAGCGCACCUGACCCCAGAAGCCUCAGUAGUGAGCAGCCGGUGGUAGAAGAGAAUGAAGGCCCACAGGACUCACUGGAUGAAUGUUAUUUGACCAGUUCUGUUGGCCAUGACCUGUCAGACUCCUGUAGGCCUGACAGAGGUGCCUCAUUCCCUUGGGACCAACAGGGAGUCUUCUCAGCGCUUGCUGUACAUGGUGACUCCUGGGAGGACCGUCGCCAAGGGCCUUUGAGUUUCCAAGGGUCAGAGAUGGAAGCUUCACAAGCACAACUGCAGACAAGCACCCAGGUGACCCAUCACCUGCAGCUGCAGCGGGACCAGCAGUUUGACUGUGGUGACGGCAACGCCAGGCUCGGCCUUCCCUCCACCGUGUGGGGCUUCACAGCCAACACUGACCAAGGGCUGCCCCUGCAAGAGCUGGGUUUGGAUGCUUCCAUCGGAAUGAAGAUCCCUCCCAAGGUGGAGGGCGAGGGCUCAGCUGCCAGCCAGCAUGAACGUCAAGUCUCUAGCAACAGUAAUGCCUCCAGUGUCCUGAAGCAGAAGAUUCUGCGAAGAAAACUGCUGCGCAGCAAGUGGAGAAUAGCAUGCAGGUUCCCUGGCCUUCAAGCGUAGGGGACAGAGCACCAGCCUCGGGCUCCCCCUUCAGCCCCUCCUCUCAAGAGGAUCCCAGCCUGCUCCUGACUCUUGUCACCAUGUGGUCAUCCCUCCAGGCUCAGCCGUCAGCAGAA